CGACAAACUAGCCGGGGUGCUCGGCGGUAGCACAGCUUUAGUCCUCCACGACGAGUACAGGUAUCAACACCCACGCACCACCGCAACAGUCCAUUGUCACAUUCUCGCUCAAUUUCACGUUGCCCUCCAUUCGAUAACACCAAGAAAUUAUACAAAAUGAGUUUCUCUUCGGACGCAUCUUCGGCAUCGGCUGCAGUGGAAGCGGCGGCAGCACAGAAAAAAUUGAAUUUAGAAAAAGCGACCAACUUCAUGAAACAAUACAGAGACCCGCACAGCCGCGAACUGAAAAAACUGUCGGCGAACCAAUUCAUGGACGUCUGGAGCCACUACGACAAGGACGAGCUUUCCGAGAUGGCCAAGUUGCUGCCAGUCAAGGAGAACUUUUUGUGCCGACAAGUGUUCAAAGGAGCUACAAAACUGACAAAGGAUGAUAUCGAAAGAGUAUUUUCGUUGUAUGAUCGAGAUAAUAAUGGCACGAUUGAGAACGAAGAACUACGCGGAUUUCUAAAGGAUCUGCUCGAGCUGGUUAAAAAGGAUUAUGACGCCGACGACUUGCAAGACUUCGAGGAAACUAUACUGCGAGGGGUGGAUUACAACGACGACGGGAAAAUCAACAGGAAAGAGUUGACAAUGAUACUCCUUGCACUGGCGAAACACAACCAGGAGGACGACUCUGCCGCUAAAAAGGAAUAACUGUUCAAAAAUUCAUACAAGUCGUCUGCAGAAAAAUAAUAAUAAUAAUAAGUAAUCGUGCACAAUAUUGCGUAAUUCCGUGACGAGAUUCGUAUGCAUUUGUUGUUAUUUUGAUAUUAUUAUUAACUAAACUUAAGUACGUUUGUUGUUUUAAAUUUUAACUGUAGGAAUAUUAUACUAUUUUUUUUUGUUUUGUUAUUAUCAUUGUAACUCGGAAGCAAUAAUUUCCAUUCCAUAAUAAUAUUAUAUAUAAUAUUAGGUAAAUGGCUAAGGACUUCUCGAUUUCAUUCUUGAUGCACUAUACUUGCACUUUUGUCUUUCAAUCUUCAUUUUAAUUAAUAACUAAAAAAAAAAUAUGAUCUCUUCCAGAGAUAAAUGUAAAACAAUAAUCAUAAUAAUUAUUUUUAUAGCAUGCAUAGAUGCUGUUAUAUUAUAAUAUAAUAGAUCCAUACCUACUAAAAUAAUUAAAAUGUAUUUAAUACGCUACUUUUUACCAGUUAUCAUCAUAGCCCAAUAAUAAUAUGAUUAUAAGUGUAUUAAUUUUUAUCUUAUUAAUAUUAUACAGUAGUCAUGAUUUUAGUGAAUAGUAUUAAAUGUUGAAAACAACUGUUCGUGUGAUUUUACUUUAUUGUCUCCGAUAUUCUGAUAUUAUUUAGUGUAGUAGGUAUACUAGGUAACCUUAUGUUUAAACGUUCAAAUAUUUAAAACAUUUUAAUCGUAAAAGUGUUCUUUCUUAUUAUUAUUA